AUGGUGAAUAAACAUUUCUUCAAGCCUAUUCUUCCUGGAUUCCACAGCCACUUGAGAUGGGUUUGGUUUUGUACUUGCAUGUUGUUUCAGACGAUUCCUGUAGCUUUCUUCUCCAAGUAUAUACAAGGAACAAAUGAACAGAAGAUGACUACGGCUAAGCUGAGAUCAGACGUGUCAAAGACAGCAUGGAAAGUGAAGAUAGAAGAAGAUGGCCAGAAACUCACUGAUGGUUGGAAACAGUUUGCUCUCGCACAUGAUCUUCGAACCGGUGACAUUCUCAUUUUCAGACAUGAGAAAGGCAUGUCUUUCCACGUAGAAAUAUUGGGGCCUAGUGGCUGUGAAGUUCAAUAUGAGUCUUGUUCAGACGACAAGAGCAGUCUUGGUGAGCUGAAGAAUCCAAGAAAGGAAACAAAGUCUUCUUCUUUAGUAGAUCACUCUCGUUUUGUGGCAAAUGUCGCUCCUUCGACACUAAGUGAUGACGCACUGAAUAUUCCAAUGAGUUUUGCGAGGGCAAAUGGUCUAGGCACAAGAUGUGGAGAGAUCGUUCUGAUGAAUGAAAAGGGUAGAUCAUGGAAUCUAGCUUUAAAACAAAAGAAAUGUGGAAAGAUUUACAUCAGAGGAGGGUGGAGAAGUUUCUGUAGUGCCAAUGGACUGAACGUAGGAGAUUUAUUCACUUUCAAUCUGUUCCAAAGGGGAAAAACUCCGGUUCUACGUUUAUAUCCAAAAACAGAAGCAGGGUCCUCUUCUUCUUCACUAGAUCCCUCUUGUUUUGUUGCCAAAAUAUCUCCUGCAACUCUACGUUAUGACUCAUUGCGUCUUCCAGUUAAAUUUUGGAGGGAAAAUGGUCUAAACAGAAGAUGUGGAGAGAUUGUUCUGAUGAAUGAAAAGGGUACAUCAUGGACGUUGAAUUUGAAACAAAAGAGAUCAUCAUGUGGAACAAUGUUUAUCAGACGAGGUUGGAGAAGUUUCUGUAGAGCCAAUGGACUUAGAGCUGGGGAUUCCAUCACUUUCAAACUAAUCCAAAGAGGAGGAAAUCUGUUUCUACGUUUGACCUCCACAGAAUCCAAAGAAGAGUGCUCAGAAGGUGAUGAAAUAGAGUCUCUUUCCACAGAAUCAGAAAGUGAUCAUGAAGAGAUGGACCAAGAUGAGAAGAGCUUCAAGAAUCCUAGAUCGUUAUGGAAAGCUUCAUCUUCAGCAUCCCAAAACCUGUUUUUGACUUUAACUCUUAAACCUUACAAUCUCACAAAGUCUAAUCUGUAUCUUCCGGUAACCUUCACGAAAUUUCAUGGCAUAAAUGAGGAGACUAAAAUGCACCUGUUGGAUAAACACGGUGUGAAGUGGUAUACGAAUCUGCGGUCUGCAGAGAAAGGUAAAAAAAUAAGACUGGUAGGAGGCUGGAAAGAUUUCUUCAAAGCUAACUGUGUGAGAUAGGUGAACCGAUCUUGUUGAAGCUGAUUUGGGAAGGAGACACAAGAUGUGUCCUUCAGUUCUGCUCUAAGGUGAAGUAAGAGACCAAAUGAAACUAAUGUUUUAGCUUUUGUAAGUGACCAAGACC